UUCACCGCGUCUCAUCACAUCAGUCCAUCUUGCAAAAAGUGUAUUAUUUUUGUAUUAAAACCACUGUAAAUCACGAGAAUUUCUGAAAAUGAGUGUUUGUUGCGUGUGCCGAAAGCGAAGGAUUGUCGGCUCCGAUAUCGUUCACCACGGAUUCCCACUGGAUUCGGCGAUGGCAGCGCGCUGGUGCGAAACGCUCGGGUUCGACCGGAUUCCGACGCAUCACGCGAAAGUUUGCGGCGAGCACUUCCGGUACGAGGAUUACACCUCGUACGAUGGUGUUACCAGGAAUAAAAUGCUGAAACCGGAAGCUGUUCCAUCGUUAAAUUUGGGAAACCACUCGCAAUCAUCAUCUCCAGAGCCUCCAGCCAGUGCUAGAAGUUUUGACAACGUAUCGGACUAUCUUCCCCAUAUCGAAAAGAUUUUGCAAAAGCAUGCCGUUCCGCAAUCUAUAAAAAUUUCCCACGAUUCCAACUCGAAAAUAGUCACAAUUUCCUAUUCAGAAAUUUCAGAUCCUGUUGCUCCGAAAGAGCAAAAAAUUAUUUGUUCCAGGUGUAAUGCCAUUUUCAAAAAACCUCGUGACUUGGAGUUGCAUCACAAAAUUUGUCGAGACAACCUAAACCCGUACCAAUGUGCAAGGUGCAACGCCACUUUUAAAACCAUUACCGAUCUAAGGUUGCAUAAAACUUGUAAAACGAAUUCACCCGAAGAUUCAACUUCGGAUGAUCCAAGCGAUGACGAUGGAAACGAUGCAGAACCCAGGAAAGUUUGCAAAGAGUGCCUCAGUUACAUCCCUGUCAACAAGAUGAAGAAACACUAUACAAAGUUUCAUGAAGGUAAAGAUGCUCCCUUUGCGUGUCGAAUUUGCAAUUUAAGGCUAGAUGAUUGCCACAUUUUGUGCAAACAUCUCAGAUCGCAUACCCUGGAACAGCUUCGCAAUAUCAGAGAAAAGUAUCCCGAAGGGCUACACUACAGCAGCAAAGAGCAAGAAUAUUACGAAUGUAGUCUCUGUGGAGAUAUAUUUAGCUCGGAACCAGCGUGCGUCAUUCAUCAGGAUACCCAUUUGGCGCCACGUUUUCGUUGUCCGAUUUGCCAACGCAUGCUUAACACGAAAGAUGCAUUCGUAAAUCAUUUGAAAAAGCACACGGCAAAUUAACGUGCUUAACGAUAAUCUGUCACUUCUGUGGUUAAAUGUUUGCACUCGAAUUAAUAAACUGUUUUCACUAAU